AUGGAGCUUAAAUUUGUUUUUGGAAAAUACGCAAAUACAUCGUCGUCGACGUCGCCGUCGUCGUCUGACGAAUUUAAGACCCCGCCAACAUCUGCGGGGGACGUGACACAGUGCGGACAACUCAUCGGGGUGUCACCACACGACGACGACAACACCAACACUACCGGUGGUGUAGUGCGUCGCAUGAGAUGGUGGUGUCUUGCAGGGUGGAUCUUUUGCGCCCUGCCCUUGGCAUUGGCUCUCCGAGACAUAGAGCCUCCACCACCAACGCCUGUAACUCGUACCACGCCAACUGAAGGAUGGCUGACAGUCAGGUUGAACCAAUUCGAUGCCUCCAAUACGGAAACGUUUCAGAUGCGCUACCUUUACAAUCCUGAGUUUGCCGAGACAUCCGACAUCGUGAUAUUCGUGGGAGGAGAGUGGGCCAUCUCACCGGGCUGGGUGACGGCGGGCCUGGCGCACGAGCUGGCGCAGAGGGUGCGCGGCGGGCUGUUCUACACCGAGCAUCGGUACUACGGACAGACCAGACCCACCAAUGACACCAGUGCAUCAGAGCUCCGUUACCUGAACGUGGAUCAGGCGCUGGGCGAUCUAGCGCAGUUCAUCCAGUAUGUGAAGAGUGAUAGCUUCGAGGGUGGACGGUUCAGGACCGGCUCGGUGGCGCUGGUGGGCUGCUCGUACGCCGGCAGCAUGGCGACGUGGAUGCGGCUCGCCUACCCGCACCUCAUCACCGUCGCGCUGUCGGACAGCGGGCCGCUGCACGCGCAGGAGGACUUCCCCGAAUACCUAGAAGUUAUUACCGAAGCGCUUCGGGUACAGGGAAGCGAAGCGUGCGUGUCGACCAUCGAAACAGCCAUGCGGGACAUUGCUACCUUACUCAACUCAACCGCAGGGGUCGAGAGGGUUUCAUCACUAUUCAAGACGUGUGCGCCGCUGCAGCCGUCGUCUCCCCUGGACGUGGCCACGUUCCACUGGUUCGGCAUCACGGAGACGUUCGCGUCCCUCGUGCAGUACGCCAAGCCCGGGGACAUCGCCACAGCCUGCGGGAGCCUCACCAACCAGAGCUUGAGUUCUUCGCCGGUGGAACGCCUGGCAGCCUGGAUAACAUCUCGGCCAUCAACUCAACCGUGCAUCGAAUCCCGAUACUCCAUGCAGGUGACCGCGCACUCCAACACCAGCUACGAUUCUCCACAGGCUACCAUGCGACUGUGGACGUACCAGACGUGCGUGGAGUACGGCUGGUAUCAGACCACCUCCAGCGCGCGCCAGCCCUUCCUGUCCGCCGUGCCGCUGGGCUACUUCCACCAGAUGUGCACCGACUUCUUCCCGGACGUCUUCGACGUGGCGCUGCUAAAGUCUGGCGUGUCGCGCACUAACAAGCUGUUUGCUGGUCUCACCCACCUGCCCGACCACGUCAUAUCGGUGUCGGGCGGCCACGAUCCGUGGUCACCUAUGGCGCCCAACACCACUCACGCCACGCACCUAGCACCCGUGUAUGUGGUACCCGGCGUGUCACACUGCAGAGCUAUCAGGUUAGAUAGCAACUGGAUCGUUGAACUAUAUUAA